CAAGUCGGUUUUGCCGAAUCACUCACUGUAGACACAGAGUCGCAAAUUUUCUACAGAGAAUACCUUCGGGAGUCCUUGAGAAAACACGGAAUGGAAAGAAUCCUGAGAUUCGGUGGGAGUCUCUCCGGACUGGGCCAGCCUCCGCCAAACGCUGAUGGUCCGGUCGUCGACACCGCUGAACAAGUGUACAUAUCGUCGCUGGCUUUAUUGAAAAUGUUGAAGCACGGACGGGCUGGAGUUCCCAUGGAAGUUAUGGGUCUGAUGCUCGGAGAGUUCGUUGAUGAUUACACCGUGCGAGUGGACGACGUGUUCGCUAUGCCUCAGUCGGGAACUGGCGUUUCUGUCGAAGCCGUCGAUCCGGUUUUCCAAGCUAAAAUGUUGGACAUGCUGAAGCAGACUGGACGGCCAGAGAUGGUUGUUGGCUGGUACCAUUCGCAUCCUGGGUUUGGUUGCUGGCUCUCCGGCGUCGAUAUAAACACUCAACAGUCGUUCGAGCAACUUACGGACCGCGCGGUCGCUGUGGUAAUCGAUCCCAUCCAGUCAGUGAAGGGCAAGGUUGUCAUCGACGCCUUUCGGUUGAUCCAAGCUAACAUGAUGGUGCUAAACCAAGAACCGCGGCAGACGACUUCGAACCUCGGUCAUCUGAACAAGCCAUCGAUCCAGGCUCUCAUCCACGGCUUGAAUCGUCACUAUUAUUCGAUCUCAAUCAAUUAUCGGAAAAACGAGCUCGAACAGAAGAUGCUUCUCAACCUGAACAAGAAGUCCUGGGAGGAAGGUCUGAUCCUCUCCGACUACAAGGAUCACAGCGAGCACAACAAAGCAACAGUUGACGAGAUGCUGAAGCUCGCUAAAGCCUACCAUAAGGCUUUGGAAGAUGAGGACAAGAUGACCCCGGAACAGCUUGCUAUCAAGAACGUAGGCAAGCAAGAUCCGAAACGGCAUCUAGAGGAGAAGGUCAAUGUACUCAUGACCUCGAACAUCGUACAGUGUCUAGGCGCUAUGCUCGAUACGGUGGUCUUCAAGUGAUGCUGCACAAAUUUCGGAAUCUGUUGUCGGACUGCGCCUUGAGAGAGAGAUGCUGACAGCGGGGAUAAUUGUACAAAUACUAAUCUUAUAUUCGAUACAGUGACGAUUGCAGGCGAGAACGGAUGAGAAAUAAAAAGGUCUAUGUUCAG